AUGGACGAUCUUAUUGGAGGCACAAACAGCGCCUACGACGAAGCCUGCCUACAGCACUGCCAAGACCAUGAGGCACGUUCUUGCCUACAACACUACGAGGACGAUGACGAUGAUGCCCUGAGUGCUGGCCUGGAGAUUGGCCUUGCAGAGGAAGGGGCACCAGUCCGGGCAGCACGGGCCAAACUCGACAACCUUCGCGAGGCCAGGGAGCUGGAGGAGGCCCGCAGCACCGCCGAGGCGGCCGAGGCAAGGCUGCUGGAGCUUCAGAGCCAGGAGCAGGCGCUAGUCGGAGCACGGCACAAGAAGGAGCGCUCCGCGACACGCAGCUGCAAGAGAGUGGCAGCACCUGCAAGGAAGAAACAGGUUGGACAGUUCCAUACAGUUCCAAGUGCUGAUAAGGAUCGGGAAGGAGAUGAUGGCAAUCCGGAACGGUGA